AUGACCUUUACCAGCCCUUGCAAGAGGCGGCGUAGGAGGAGAAGAGCCGAGGAACAUGAGCUGGCGCCGUGUUCCAGACAUUGCAGCUUCCACAGGGCGCUCUACUCAUCCUACCGACCCAGCGCUCUCGACAAAGUUUCACCACACGCACCUCAGCAUCUAACGCACAGCAGCAAUGCAUGCACUGGUGACGCUUCGCGCCUGCGGUCUAAAGAGCUCACAAGCGGCCGGAGAAAGCUGAACAGACCCGAGGCGAGUCAGCGACACCUCAGACUCUUUCGGCCGCUUCUGCUGGCGUUCUGCGCGAUCUCAGCUGCGAAUGGUUUCACCAUCACAUGGCCAGCUGCGUUCGUGCAGUGCGAGCCUGCCUCUGUUGGCAUAGCUACUGAUGGACUGGCCAACGUGCUCGGCAUAGACAUCACAGUCAGAAAAGGACCGCGCUUGGACAGGAUAUUCAUAGAGGAGCCGAUAAUCCCUACUGCAACGAUCUGGAACUGGACUGCAGUGGACGUCCAAGCUGGCACACCGCUCGUCUUGUCCGUGCUCGCCUACGGCGCUGAUAAUGCGACCAUCGGUGCGGCGCUCACCCACGCUCUCGUACGUCUGCCGGACAAUGGCCCAGCACAGACCGAGUGUCUGCAGAAGAAGCGCAAAGAUGAGGACACGAAUCGCAAGGGCAUAGGUCUGGAAUUGCCUUUGAUCGCAGGCAUCUUGGGUGGAAUCCUGCUCACGCUCCUCGUCUUGAUAGUGUUCAUGUGCUUGAGAAGACGCAGGGAACGGGCGAGGGAAGACGCUGGCAGUCUGCAAGGACAUGGCCGGACCAGUCUGCUCCUCAACGGCGCCGAACCUGGCUCGGGAGGGUCGACUGCCGGUUGGGGGUACAUGGCCGCUGUCGUGCCUGGCCUUGCGCCUCGCCCUGCCUUGUCUCCUAGUCAAGUGCAGGCGAACCGCAACAAUCCUCAAAGACUGCCUCAUCGUUGGGCUCGCAGGACGCACCGAGCCGAUGAUGGUGGAGAUGGCGAGCUUCCAAGCUACGGCAGAAGUCAGUGGGAAAAGGCAAAGUUGCCCAAGUACGACAAUGGCAAUGCGCAGCCGGAAGAGGGCCAUGCAGCCAUGGGCGGCGAUCACGAAGCUAUCAUGAUGAUGCCGCUAGCUAAUCAUACCGCUCAACAACGUCCCUACGGCCUCGAUGAGAACUCCGAAGCCUUCGACGCUUCCACAGCCGAGCUGAACCCCGAGCAUUCGGAUCAGACCGAUGAGCAGGACAAUGCCGGCGGCAUAGGCAUGGGGACGGCGAUUGGUUCGGGUAUUUCCAACGUGCACAGGAGAUCCCGAUCCGGAGCCGCGGGUCCGCCCGCUGUUCGAUACAAUGCUUCGCGAAGCCCCCCACAGACUGCAGAGGCAUUUGCUACGGCCACCUCGCAGGAUGGAUUCGACGACGCUUACGACCAUCACCCGGCUUUUCGGCAGGCUGCUAUUGCAGAUGGCUCACCCGACCGAUCAAAUUCGCAAGUCCUGCAUUCCACUCCUCGAAGUCACCGAGCCUUUUAG